UGUGGUGGUUAGUUGCAUAAAUUGUCAUGGUUAAUAAUUCUCCUCCCUCGAAGUAAGCCGAAAAUGAACAGGGGCUGCUGGAAAACAGACGUUAACGACGAAGCUCGUCUAUCGAAAUCCGACCGACACCACGACUUCUCUAAAACAUUGUACACCGAGCUCUAUUCCUCGAAAGAUACCGGCUCUAAAGCUGUGUACAUAGACUUUGAUGUAGACGAAAACGAUGAAACCAAUACGGAGUAUUCGAAAUGGUCCGAUCUGCCGGAUUUGCUCCUGGAAAAAAUAUUCGCUUAUCUGGGAAUCAGGGAGAGAUAUUAUGCCAGUUUAGUUUGCAAAAAUUGGUAUACAGCUUUCCACCUGCCCUACGUGUGGAACCGUUUUAUUUUGGAAGAUAACACGUUGACUAGAAGUAGAUUUAACUACUACAGCGGUUGGCAGUACGUUUUGGAUCAUGUGCGAUGCCAAAGUUGCCUCUCAGUGUACGGAAAACACUUCAAACAUUUAACCAUAAGACCAAUGCUUAACUUUUAUAAUCUCUACGAAUUUAUGAACAUGGUGUCCUGGUACAUCGAGCAAAAAGAAACCAAAGAAAACGUUGAGCUAGGAAUAGCCAGUAAUAUUAGAUUUUUUAAGUUUACUUUUCCUUGUAACAUGACUACUAGGGACGAUUCGGAGCGCAUUCGAUUAUUCGGAACAGGUGGCAAGUUACUACAAUCUAUUAAAAGACUGAUGGGUAACUUGAAGAAAUUGGAAAACUUGCAGUUAAUAGACCUGAUGCUGGACCCCAAAGAAGCUCAAUAUUUACUAGACGAAGUCUGCGAAUCACAAUACAUGACUCUAAAGUACCUCUAUCUAAUAAACACCACUAAAGUGCAAUACGAGUUACUCCACGUCGGGGUAUUUUUAAAUCUAAGGGAAUUGCAUAUAAGUCCGCAGAAUUUAGGCGACGAUUUAGUCGAGCUCAUCGGCAACACGAAGCUAAAACACCUGCACAUAGUUCAAAAUCGGUACACCUCCAACGAUUUCGUCAUAUGCCCCGUAGGGCGAUGGGUGUGGAAAACCUGCCGCAAGAGCAAUCCAGGCUUGAACGUCCAUCUUCAGCUGGAAAGCGUCAAAGUGAAGCCGCUGAUAUGGCAACCGAGCGCUCCAGUCAGAACCAUUCUCUACGAUUCCCCGCACAUUGGGUUGCGUACCGAUUCAAUAGUAACCGCUAUCGAUUUCUACAAGAACGAUUUGCGUAUUUACGGCCACCUAAACGUUCCAAAAUUCCACAUGCCGAAGUCCUUCCGGGAUCGAAUGGACGAAAGCCUCGUCAUGCUUGUGAGACAAUGCACCUAUUUAUCGACACUAGUGAUUACCGAAAAAAUUUCAACCGCAACAGUCCUACUGAUAGCCUAUUACGGCAAGAAUCUGCAGAGGUUGCUGGUGAGAGGUAACGCGGUGAUCAUCAAGAACGAUUGGCAGAAGAAUCCGGAGUGGACGGAAGAGUUUUACUCGUGGUUGAAAUCCGGCAGCAGAUCGUACGAGACGGUGGAGACGGAGGUGUCGCAGAUAUUAGGCAAGAAGUGGAGGUUUCUCACGGAUAAGGCGUUCAAGACGUUGGAAGUCGAUUUGCACGAUUUUUGAAGGAGGAACGGGGCAACGAACAGUAUGAUAUCGUUCGGGUAAUAGGCGUUUAAGUUUAGAUAGUUUAUCUUGUUUGUAAGAGAUGUUUUCUACAUAAAUAUGUAUUUUUUUUAAUAGAUUUGUUGUUACGGAAAGAUGAGUCGAUAGAUUGAUUUUUUUCUCUUUUAGUUACUCCUUAUAAAGUUG